AUGUCUGACCAAGGUGCCGUCGUGACUCCUUCCCCGCCGCCCCCCGCCCCCACUGGCCCACCACCCAAGCUGACCAACCGAGGUCGCACCACAGACACCGUCGCCAGCUCCAACGUAGACACGGCAGACUUUCCUGAGCUUGAGUACUUUGUUGCACCGGGUCCGAGAGGGUUUCCACUGCUGACGGAAUUUCAGGACGUCACAAAAGUGAACAUGCUGAAGGAGCAGCAUGGAAACAACAAGAAGCAGCACCACACCUCGUUGUACAACUCUAACUUCCUCAUCGUACGUAGAGGUCAGGAGUUUGAGGUUAGGAUCACUUUCAGCCGCACCUUCAAGGCUGCUGACGACAAGUUCGCUCUGGAGUUUGUCAUCGGAUCCAGCCCGAACUACAACAAGGGCACCUACAUUCCUGUCUUUCCCACUCAGGAGCGUCAAAGCUCUUGGGUGGGACGCGUCACCGGCAUGUCGGACAAUGUGGUCACCAUGGGCGUCACCCCCGCAGCAGACUGCAUCGUGGGCAAGUACCACAUGUUCGUGGCCGUGCUGACACCCCUCGGCAUCCGCAGGACAAAACGGGACAGCAGCCAAGACCUUUAUAUUCUCUUCAAUCCGUGGGUGGCAGCCGAUGCCGUGUUUCUGGAUGACGAGAAAGAGAGGGAUGAAUGUGUGAUGACCGAGGCGGGGAUCAUCUACCACGGCGCCUACGACGAUGUGGCUGAGAGGUCCUGGAACUAUGCACAGUUUAACUACGGGAUACUGGAUGCCUGUUUGUACAUCAUGGACAAGGCCGAGAUGCCCAUCACCAACAGAGGAGACCCCAUCAAGGUGGCACGGAAAGCCUCGGCCAUGCUGAACAGCCGUGAUGACGACGGCGUGUUGUUGGGGAACUGGAGCGGCGACUACACCUAUGGCGUAGCCCCCACCUCCUGGACAGGCAGCACGGACAUUCUCCUGACCUAUGCCACCAGCAGGGCGCCCGUCGGCUUCGCUCAGUGCUGGGUGUACGCCGCCGUCUUCAACACCUUCCUGCGCUGUCUCGGCAUCCCGUCCCGGGUCGUCACCAACUACUUCUCCUCCCAUGACAACAACGGAAACCUGAAGACUGACAUUAUCCUGGAUGAGAAUGGCAGGAUUGACCGUCACCGGACCAAAGAUUCUAUCUGGAACUAUCAUUGCUGGAAUGAGUGCUACAUGUCCCGACCAGAUCUCCCACCGGGAUUCGGAGGCUGGCAGGUUGUGGACGCAACGCCACAGGAGACCAGCGACGGUUUGUACCGAUGUGGACCGGCGUCAGUCAAGGCCAUCAAACACGGGGAGGUGUGCUACCCAUUCGACGCUCCCUUUGUGUUUGCUGAGGUUAACAGCGAUGUGGUGUUUUACGCCCGCAUGAAAGACGGAACCAUGGAGCCGGUCAAAGUCAACCCGACUCACGUGGGCCGCAUGGUCCUGACCAAAGCACCAGGAGACUUUACCCGCCGUGACAUCACUACGCAGUACAAGUUUCCUGAAGGCACUCGCGAAGAGCGGACCGUCCUUGAAAAGGCAGAGACUUACGGCUGUCACCGAGAGAAGUCCGAGCCUCCUCCAGCUGACGUGGACCUGGUCCUGCCCGCUCUGGAGGUGAGCGUGGGCGACGACUUUGAGCUGAGCCUGGAGUUCGUAAACCGCAGUAAUCAGCAGCGCACUGUGGAUGCUUACGUCAGCGGCAGUGUGAUGUAUUACACUGGCGUCAUUUCCUCCGAGUUCCUCUUCAGGACUCCUUCAGUUACCGUUGAGACGAACAAAAGUGUGAAGGAGUUAAUGUAUGUCGAGUCGAAGAGAUACAUGAACAAGCUCGUGGAGCAGUCGAACCUCUACUUCAUCGCGACGGGGAAGGUCCAAGAAACAGGACAGAUAGUCACUGCCAUGAAAGUCGUCACCCUGCACAAUCCCAAAAUCUCUGUCAAGGUGUCCGGCGUCUCCAAAGUCAACGAAGAGAUGAUAGCAACUGUGGAGUUCAAGAACCCCUUCAGCUAUAGCUUGGAGGGGGUCUACGUCCGCAUGGAAGGACCAGGAGUUAUGUUGCCUCGGAAUAAAUAUUACAGUUUGAUCCCAGGAGGCUCUUCCCUGACCUGGUCUGAGAAUUUCAGCCCGCAGAGGGCUGGUCCCACCCAGCUGAUCGUCACUCUGGACUGUGCCGCUCUCAGGCAGGUUCACAGCCAGACGUCCUUCACCGUGGAGCAGUGAGGAUCAGCGACAUCGGUCGACCCAGUUACCCUUCAGGCAAACUGUAGACCUAGUCCAUAGAUUCAUAUAGCUGUAGGUUUACAACUUUAAUUAAUCUGGUAUAGCUUUGGCAUUUGAUGGUAGUUUUAGUAAAAUGAAAGCCAUAAGAUACUGGACUGUGUCCCAUCUCAGUCGCAUUACCAUUUAAAGCUACAGUAUGCAGG